CUGCCUCCUUGAGUUGUUUGUGCCCUUAAAUUCCUUCUUUGCAGUAUUUUCUCAUCUAUCAACACUUCAGAAGUUUUUCACUUGCGAUCUGUCUGCUCUUCUGACCAACCUAUUGAUUAUAGUGGAAGUAAAGAAGUGAAGUGAAAUGGAGGCCUCAGUAAUAUUGCCCAUAUUGAAGAAAAAACUAGCCUUCCUUUCAGGAGGAAAAGACAGACGAAGUGGCCUCAUCCUAACCAUUCCAUUAUGCCUGGAACAAACAAAUAUGGAUGAGCUGAGUGUCACUUUGGACUACCUCCUCAGCAUUCCAAGUGAAAAGUGUAAGGCUAGAGGAUUUACUGUGAUUGUGGACGGCAGAAAAUCUCAGUGGAAUGUGGUGAAAACAGUAGUCUUAAUGCUGCAGAAUGUUGUUCCAGCAGAGGUAUCCCUUGUUUGUGUAGUGAAGCCAGAUGAAUUCUGGGAUAAGAAAGUAACACAUUUUUGUUUCUGGAAAGAAAAGGAUAGACUUGGCUUUGAGGUUAUUUUAGUGUCUGCCAACAAGUUGACUCGUUACAUAGAACCAUGCCAAUUAACAGAAGACUUUGGUGGGAGUCUCACUUAUGAUCACAUGGACUGGUUAAAUAAGAGGCUGGUUUUUGAGAAGUUUACAAAGGAAUCUACAUCAUUAUUAGAUGAACUUGCUUUGAUUAACAAUGGAAGUGAAAAAGGAAAUCAAGAGAAAGAAAGGUAGGUGGCUUUAAGUUUUAUUACCUCAAUGUAACUACCUAAAUCUUUCGUUUGUAAAGGGCAUGAAUUAUUAUCUGAAUUACAACAGCGUCGAUUUAAUGGCUCUGAUGGAGGGGUCUCAUGGUCUCCUAUGGAUGACGAACUCCUUGCACAGCCACAGGUUAUGAAAUUAUUAGAUUCCCUCCGAGAGCAAUAUACUCGCUACCAGGAAGUUUGUCGGCAGCGUAGUAAGCGCACACAGUUAGAAGAGAUUCAGCAGAAGGUCAUGCAGGUUGUGAACUGGCUUGAAGGGCCUGGAUCAGAACAACUCAGAGCCCAGUGGGGCAUUGGGGACUCCAUCAGGGCUUCCCAGGCCUUGCAGCAGAAGCAUGAAGAAAUUGAGAGCCAGCACAGUGAAUGGUUCGCAGUAUAUGUAGAGCUUAAUCAGCAAAUUGCAGCACUCUUGAAUGCAGGAGAUGAAGAAGAUCUUGUGGAAUUGAAGUCUUUGCAGCAACAACUUAGUGAUGUUUGCUACCGGCAGGCUAGUCAGCUGGAAUUUAGACAAAAUCUCUUACAAGCAGCUCUUGAAUUUCAUGGUGUUGCCCAAGAUUUGUCUCAGCAGUUGGAUGGCUUAUUAGGGAUGUUGUGCGUAGAUGUAGCACCAGCUGAUGGAGCAUCGAUUCAGCAAACUUUAAAACUACUUGAAGAGAAGCUGAAAAGUGUUGAUGUGGGAUUACAAGGUUUACGUGAAAAAGGUCAAGGUCUCCUGGACCAGAUCUCCAACCAGGCAUCCUGGGCCUAUGGAAAGGAUGUAACUAUUGAAAAUAAAGAAAAUGUGGACCACAUACAAGGAGUGAUGGAAGAUAUGCAGCUUAGGAAACAAAGAUGUGAAGACAUGGUAGAUGUGCGAAGGUUAAAGAUGCUUCAAAUGGUGCAGUUGUUUAAGUGUGAAGAAGACGCUGCCCAGGCAGUAGAAUGGCUAAGUGAACUUCUGGAUGCUCUGCUUAAGACCCACAUCAGAUUGGGAGAUGAUGCUCAAGAAACAAAAGUUUUACUGGAAAAGCAUAGAAAAUUUGUUGAUGUUGCACAGAGUACUUAUGACUAUGGUAGACAGUUGCUACAGGCCACAGUUGUGUUGUGCCAGUCAUUGCGCUGCACUUCCCGAUCCUCUGGGGAUACACUUCCUCGUCUGAACAGAGUAUGGAAACAGUUUACAAUAGCAUCUGAAGAGAGAGUGCAUAGGUUGGAAAUGGCUAUAGCUUUUCACUCAAAUGCUGAAAAGAUUUUGCAAGACUGUCCAGAAGAGCCUGAAGCUAUUAAUGAUGAAGAGCAGUUUGAUGAAAUUGAGGCAGUUGGAAAAUCACUUUUGGAUAGAUUGACUGUUCCUGUAGUUUAUCCUGAUGGAACUGAACAAUAUUUUGGGAGUCCAAGUGACAUGGCUUCUACUGCAGAACACAUCAGAGACAGAAUGAAACUAGUUAGUCUCAAAAGGCAGCAGCUGGGACAUCCUGAAAUGGUGACCACAGAGAGCUAAUAGCUACAGACUUCCACAGAUCUGCAGGGCACACUCCCGCAUGUCGUCCACCACAGUACUUUAAGAUGCAUUUCACAGCUGGAUAAGCCUCAUUUCUUUCCCUGACACAUUUCACUCUCCAGGCUAACACCUCCCAACUACCAAGGCAUAAUUAUUUAACAUGCUUUGAGACCAUAUACUCCAGGUAUCUUAAAAGAAGGAAUUUGUAAAAGUUGCACUGAAAACUUGCUUUCAAGCUUUACCUGAUCUGUCAGUUAGUAGAUAAACAACUGAUACUAAGCUUUGAAUGGUGCUAAUAAGAAUUUAGGAAUUCUCUCUAUAAAAAACACAGUUGCCCUUCUUUCCCAGGCGAUGUAGAAAAUUUAGACUAUAGUUGCACUGUUAUAAGUAGUGACAUCCUCAAAAUUUUACUUUGUAAUUCUUCAAAAUUAUUUUUAUUGUGUCCAUAUGGAGAAAUUUCUUCAGAUCUUUGAUAUAUCAUAUUCAUUGAAAGACAUUUUCCUAUUUGUAUUGAUAAUGUGUUAAAAGUUGUUCGUGCUGAAUAAAAAACUUCAUUAAAUGUCUUAUUUAA